AGAGAGGAUCUAUCCAGGAAAAGCGUAGGACAUCCCCCUCCACCAUGGCAUCUUCAUCCCCAUCGUGUCCGCCGUUUGGAUACUCAGGCGAGUAUUAUUCGAUAUUAGAGGGAGGAAAGUGCGUGAGACAGAGCAGUUUCUUCCAGGGAAAACCGGUUCUCAAUCAGGGAGUCGGGUAUUCUGUUAUUCUGGGCUUCGGCGCCUUCUUCGCUGUCUUCACCUCCUUUCUGGUAUGGUUAGAGAAGCGGUACGUCGGAUCUCGUCACACAUCCGAGUGGUUCAACACUGCAGGCAGAAAUGUCAAAACAGGACUCAUUGCUAGUGUCAUUGUAUCCCAGUGGACUUGGGCUGCAACAAUCUUGCAAAGCUCCAAUGUUGCAUGGGAGUAUGGCAUUAGUGGUCCUUUCUGGUACGCAAGUGGCGCUACAAUCCAGGUGCUUCUGUUUGGCGUUAUGGCAAUUGAAAUCAAAAGGAAAGCUCCCCAUGCUCAUACCGUUUGCGAAAUUGUCAAAGCUCGAUGGGGGACUGUUGCACACAUCGUCUUCCUUGGAUUCUGCUUCUUGACAAAUAUUAUUGUAACUGCCAUGCUACUCCUUGGUGGUUCUGCUGUUGUAAAUGCACUCACUGGAGUGAAUAUCUACGCUGCAAGCUUUCUAAUACCCCUCGGCGUGAUAGUCUAUACUUUAGCUGGGGGACUGAAAGCCACCUUCUUGGCAAGCUACAUACAUUCAGUAAUUGUGCAUGUGGUUUUGGUCAUUUUCAUCUAUCUAGUUUAUACCGGAAGUAGUGAACUUGGUAGUCCAAGAGUCGUGUAUAAUCGUCUUUUGGGUGUCGCAAGCAAAUCAAGAAUAUGCCAUGAACCGUUAUCACACAAUGACCAAGCCUGCGGUCCUGUAAGCGGCAACUUCAAAGGCUCCUACUUAACAAUGCUGAGUUCCGGUGGCCUUGUUUUUGGAAUCAUCAACAUCAUCGGCAAUUUCGGGACCGUCUUUGUGGACAAUGGGUAUUGGGUCAGUGCCAUAGCCGCACGGCCUUCAUCGACUCACAAGGGCUACUUGCUGGGUGGGCUUGUUUGGUUUGCGGUGCCGUUCUCACUGGCAACAUCAUUAGGUCUAGGCGCACUCGCUCUUGAUCUUCCAAUAACAGCAAGUGAAGCUAGCCAUGGACUAGUUCCACCUGCUACAGCUAUAGCUUUGAUGGGAAAAGGCGGGUCUAUUCUCCUUCUCACCAUGCUGUUCAUGGCGGUGACAUCCGCUGGCUCCUCAGAGCUAAUAGCAGUUUCCUCCUUGUGCACAUAUGACAUCUACCGGACAUACAUCAAUCCAGACGCGACUGGGAAGCAGAUUCUCAAAGUCUCAAGAGCGGUCGUCCUAGGCUUCGGAUGCUUCAUGGGCGUGCUUGCAGUGAUACUGAACAAGGCCGGAGUUUCAUUGGGUUGGAUGUAUCUAGCCACGGGAGUUCUCAUUGGUUCCGCUGUUAUUCCCAUUGCUUUCAUGCUUCUGUGGCGGAAGGCGAAUUCAAUCGGCGCGAUUCUUGGGAUGAUUAUCGGAUGUGUUUUUGGGAUAAUCACGUGGCUAUCCGUGACGAAAGUAGAAUAUGGAAGGAUCAAUCUCGAUACAACGGGACGGAAUGCACCAAUGCUCGCUGGCAAUCUAGUAUCCACAUUGACUGGUGGGCUUGUUCAUGCCAUCUGCAGCUUUCUGUGGCCCCAGAAUUACGAUUGGGUGACAACCAAACAGUUAACGAUGGUUGAGAAGGAGAAGACAGAGCUACCUGCUGAAGAAUUCAAAGAGGAGAAGCUGAUGAGAGCUAAAGCUUGGAUAGUGAAAUGGGGUGUUGGGUUUACUGCAGUUAUUGUGAUUUUAUGGCCACUCCUCUCUUUACCAGCAGGCGAAUUCAGUAUCGGAUACUUCACAUUUUGGACCGUCAUUGCUAUAUCAUGGGGCACGGUUGGAUCGGCUGUGAUCAUCGCUUUACCAUUAAUAGAAAGCUGGGAAACCAUCCAAAGCAUCUUUCUCGGCAUGUUUACGAAUGACAGACUUAUGCAGAAGAUAGAUGAAAUGAAUUCAAGGUUAGGUGCAAUCAUGUCGGCAAUGCCAGAGGCAGAGCGGAUAUACUUGUUAGAGAAAGAGAAGGCCAAGAAACAAGAUUUGCUAGAACGAAAAAGUACCAGCAUUUCGGUGUAAAUAUAAUCAGCUUCUGAGUUCAAAGUCUUCUUCUUCUUUUUUUUCCAGCUUUUAUCUUUGCAAAUUAGGGUCAUUUUCAAGUGUAUGAUUUAAAUCUGAUUAAGGGUCAUGAGCUAAUGUAUAGGAUCUUAAACCCGUUUCUAGUAGCUAGUCAUCUUUCAUCGGU